AUGGCUCAGCCCAGCGCCGAAGAGGCGCUGUCACAUGUGCUGAGGAAUGGCACGGGCGUGGCCAGACGCGUGCUGAGCGAUCCGGCAAUUGAAGGCGACCCCCUCGCUUUUCUCAAAGCGACCGAAGCAUACUGGAAGGCCCUGCGCCACCAGCAGCACGAACCCCACAAAAAGGGGCCAUCUGUGGUGACCUCCAACCCAUCCCUCCUGGGCCUGCCGAAGCCGUCGGAGGCCACCAGCAGCGGCGGUGGCGAGCGCCGGGGCGGUUCAGACGGCGACGCAUACGACGUCAUAGUGUGCGGCGGCACGCUCGGCCUGCUGCCCGCGCUGGCGCUGCAGCAGCGCGGGUGGCGGGUGGCCGUGGUAGAGCGGCGGCUGGCGGAGGGGCGCACCCAGGAGUGGAACAGCAGCAGGGCCGAGAUGCAGGCGUUUGUGGACAUGGGGCUUUUGACUGCAGAGGAGCUCGAGGCCGCCAUCGUUUCGGAGUACAACCCCGUCAGGGUGGGCUUCAGUGGCGGCGACGACAUCUUCGUGAACGACUGCCUCAAUAUCGGGGUGCUCCCGCAGUCGCUGCUGCGCUUCGUCCGCACCAGGCGCGUCUGA